AUGUCGUUGUACGCCGGCAUCGAUAUCAAGGGUGGACCCCCGAGCUCUUCAUCCGGCUCCGGCUCAGGAGCUACUGUAGGGACAGCAUCCGGUGCAUCGCCGUCGCAGAGUCCCCUUGAUCCCAAGAACAACCCUUCGAGUCAGUAGAGUAUGGCCUGCCUAUUUUCAAGCUCAAGAUGUGGUCCUGAUCUUGAACCAAGCACCUGACAGGCUCCUCGACGGCUUCGACCUCCUCGUCGAACGGCCAAUGGUCCGCCGCUCUACGGUUCGCCCCUGUACCACGAAAGAAGGCGCCUACGAUAACGGCACCGAGUAGACCUCUGUAUGCCUCCAUAUCCGCUUCCACACCGGCAGCUGCCAUCACCAGUGUCGGUGCAGGCAUAGGUGCCCCCACGUCAGCGAGCAAGAUCCAACCCUAUGCUCCCUCGGCUACGGCUACGGCUACGGCUUCGGCUUCGGCUUCGGCAGCUUCCGCCCCAUCCCUCCCACCGCCCAAAGACGACCCCAGCUCCAUCCGACCCCGUUCCCAAAUCAUCCGUCCCCCACCCAUCACCCUCGACGAGAACGACGUCAACGGAUUCGCCCAAACCGCUCAAGGCAAAAAGCUCGCCAAGAAAGCCGCUUACGCUUCGGGUGCUUUUGGAGGUUCUUCUUCGGGAGGUGGAGGGAUGGGUAUGGGAGCGAAGAAGCAGAAGGAGUUGGUGUUGUUUGGGGACGAUGUUGUGUAUGAUCCGUUGAGACCAUGCGAUUAUGUGAGUUGGAGUGAAGGAGAUGGGGCUUCGUUCAUUUCGGAGAAGAGAAAAAUGAUUACGCCGCUGACGCUUUGGGAUGGGUGGCAUCGAUAGUCGGCCUACAAGGCCUACGUUCAGGGUCUACGCAAGCAACGUAGACAACAAAGGGAAGAAGAAGAGAGGGCUCGUCGGAGAGCUAGGUCCUAUUCUGGGUCGAGCGACUAUACUUCGUCCGAAGGGGAAGGAGAAGAGCAGGAAGACCGGGGCAGGUGAACUCACUGAUCAUACCUCGAAAGCGUCGAGCAGGCUUUGCUGACGUUUCUCUUGGACCUCCAAAUCACUAGCCAUCAAGAAAGCCCGCUUAUUCGCCCCUCCCACAUUCUACGACUCCGCCGAUCCAACCCAAACCUCCUCACUCACCACCACCUCGACCCCCGCUCCAGCUCCAGCCCCCGAAUUCGCCAUGAAGCGCGAAGAAACGGGUGAAGAAGCCUACCUUCGUCGAUUGGCUAUGUCGAGUGGGGCCAACAAACCUCCUGUCGCUCCACCAGCGCCACCACGCGCAGCAGUGCCUGCACCACCCCCGCCACCUUCGACCUUCAUCCCCUCUUUCGCACCUCCCCUUCCGUCAUUCAUACCUCAAACAUACCCUGCGCCAUCCGCAACGGACUCAACGACACUCCCCCCAUCCGAACCUCCCAGGCCGUACAGCGCAAACGAAUCAAUUCAGGGCCGGGUAGACCCCUCAAGCGUCCAACUUUCGGAAGCGCAAAUCAAAGCGAGGGAAAUAGCGGAGAAAUUGGGGAGAUUAGCGAAGAUGAAUCCGGGGAUGGGAGAGAGUGGAAUUGGGGGUGAUGGGAUGGAAGCCACCGGCCCGAGUACGGGUACGGGUGCGGUACAGUCGAUGGGGGAUUACCAACCUGCUGAAGGCGCCUUGUAAGUUGAUCGCGACCGAAAGGUCAGACAAGGAGCUCUCACUGAUCUUUAACGUCUCCUUUCCUUCACAUCAGUGAUCCAUCCCUCCCCUUUGCGCAACGCAUGAUGGCCAAAUUUGGUUGGGAAAAGGGAAAAGGACUCGGUGCUACGGAAUCAGGGAUGACUUCUGCGUUAUCCGUCUCCAAGAACCCUUUACCUACCAAGAAGAACGUCUCCAACCCUUCUGCCCCACCGAAUUCAUCGACCUCGACUAUCGCCGCUCAUUCGAACCGGAUCAUCGAUCGUUCAAAGGAAGGUCGCAAAACUCAACUCGAUCAUCAAUGGGGUGAACCUUCCCGCAUCGUUCUGUUGACGAACCUCUGCACCGUUUCCGAACUGGACGACGACCUAACGAACGAAGUCGCCGAAGAAGCCGCCAAAUUCGGCGUCGUCGAACGUUGUCUCUACCGUAUCAUCAAGAGUCCAGAAGGUGGGCAGGAGGAGGUUAGGGUGUUCUUGGUGAUGAGUGGUCUUGCGGGCGGUUAUAAUGGGUGUAGGACUUUUGAUGGGAGGUUCUUUGGUGGGAAGACGGUUAGGGCGAGGUAUUAUGAUGAGAAGGCGUUCGAGAGGGGGGAGUGGGGGCUUUGA